AUGAAAUCGACACAUUCAGUAAUUCAUACUACAACUUUUGCCACAAUUACUACUACCAGAAAUGCAGUCAAUAUAACUCCAAUUUCUACUGAUAUAUUAUGUAAUAAUAAUACUGAAUUUGUGUGUAUCUGUCAACAUAUUGCGGGUAAUUUAAGACAACAAUAUAUUCAGUGCAGUCAACUCAUCGAGCUGGAUGAAUUGCCAAUAAUUGAGAUGAACAUCAGAAGGGUGAAUUUAAGCGCUCGACUUCAUACCGAUGAGACUUACGAGUCUUAUUUUAAGCGCCGAGUCGCAACUGUUGUGAGUAAUUAUUGUGAGCAACAAGCUGAUGAAUGCUUGACUACAACACUUCGGCUAAAAAAGGAAAAUGUAGUGCUACUGAGAACACAAGCAAGUGAACUGCAAUCAACAAUUAUUGGUUUUGUUGUAACAAAAAGUCAACGUUUAAGUCUGCUUAAUACAGAAACAAUUCUUGAUUCAAUCAAAGUCAAAUACAUUCUAUCUGCUCAAUUAGCGGCAUUAUCACGAAUUCUUGGAGGAGUGCGGAUUGAACGUAUAGAAACGGUUUUAAUGACAAAAUAUCAAGAAAAUUACAAUGAAAAUGGUGAAGAUUCACAGGGAGAUAAUUUACGUCUGCUCAUUAUCUUAUUUAUCGUUGUAGCAUUUCUCGUUAUUACCUAUAUUGUUGCCGCUAUUCGAGUAUGCAGGGACUACUGUGUCAAAAGGAAAGCAAACAAGAAUGACAACAAACUUCGCAAUGCUUCUGAAGUGCCAAAUUACGGAACUUGCAUAUCAACAAAUAAAACAGACGCAGAGAUGGAUCAUUCUGAACCUGAGAAAAUCGCCUUGACAACAAGAAUCCCACAAGAAAACCUUCAGAGUGAUAAAGAUGUCGAAAAUAUGGUAGUAUUAGACCCUCAUCGAAUGAGACGAAUGUUCGAAUGUGAUCCAUCACAACUGCCAGCCGAAGAAAGACUGUCUUCGUCUGAAACGUCUAAUAACUUGUCUACAAUGACAGCUUCAAAAUCAUCUUCUAAAGAUGUUGAGUCAGGAAAUCAAGGUUUAGAACUAGAAAAUAAGAAAAACUACACCACAGAAAUAGUUAAAGAAAACAACUGCAUCAAUAAUAAUAACGAAGGGUUCACAAAGAGUGAAGUUAUCUCUGGAGCAUUUCAAAAAUAUUCUGAAAUACCGGAAAAAAUGCAGAGCUCUGCUGAAAAUUCCUUGAAUUCAACAACAUAUAUUAUUCAGCCACUAGAUACAGAUCUUGAAAGACAAGAUGAUGAAUGGUCAACAAAUGUCUGGAAUCGUCCUAGAGCUGAAAAUUUGCUAAAUGUAGCGUGGGAUCAACCUGAAUCUUCUAGCUGGAAUUCAGAGAAAAUUAUUUCAAAUAGGCACUUUGAUGAACGCUGCUGGAAUCAAAUGACUGAAAAUGAGGGAUCAUUUAUGUUUAUCAAACCUGCAGAAUCAAAUCCUAAAAUAUCAUCAACAAACAAACAAUGUGAUGGAACAGAAAUAAUUUCCAAGGUAUAUCCAACAGAAGAAGAAAGUAAGGAUAAAACGACAAAAAUUACUCAUGGAGGUGUGUACUUGAAAAGGACUUCUUUAAUAGAUAAAAUAAAUGCACUUGAAGAAUCAGAAAUAUCAAAUGUGCUUGAAAAAAAGGCAUUACAUUCAAAAGUGAUUCAAAAAUCGAGAACAGCUCACAAAUUUGAUCACUGGUCAAGUGAAAGCGAUGAAUUUGAUGAUGAGAGUGAUGCAUAUCAUAAAUUGUCAGAUGCUGAAAAAAGUGAUGAUGACGAGAUGAGAAGUCAACGGAAGGAGAAAAUACAAGACUUGAUUGAAAAUCCGAAAAUUUCCAAAAAGGAAGAAAAUGAAUAUGUAAUAAAUUUGAACGUACAAUCUUGCAACUAUAGAGAUUUAUUCAAAAAAGGCAGUAAUGAUGGACCAUAUUAUGAACGACUACGAGAAUCGCCACUUACACCAAAUUCUUUUAGCUUAACACCUACUUCAGACAAUUACACAUCUGAACAGUGUAAUGAUUCUUUAUCUGAGGAUGAUCUAAAGUGA